AUGCAGUUACUAGGCAAACUCAGCACGAUACCCCGCUACGUGUCCCUGCUCCUGCUGACGAUACUCCUGGUGACGGGCGCCGUCAUGGACGACGGACUAGACGUACUCAACGACAAACCCACAGACCCCAUCAACAAUAUCGACCUGGGGAACGGGUGCAACAUCUACACGAACGAAGGUCUACAUGUGGUGCUGGAUAGGAUCUGCACUUUAUGUCAUGAGAUGUACAGCGAUACCAACCCCAACAUGAGGUCACAGUGCAGGUAAGGGUUUCGGCUAGCUCUAGUGUGAUAAGUACUAUUAUAAGUAGUAUGAUAUAAAUCAAAAAAUAUAGUGUAAUGCCUACUACAAUAUAAAGUUACAUUCAAAAAAUACAUUUUUUAAAUUUUUUAUGUUGAUGCAAAAAGAAUGGCGCGCUAAAUAUCCAAAGAAUGUUUAAAAAAGCAUUGAAUUAAUAAGAAAAAACUUUUUUUAAAUGUUGCAAUACCAAAAAGACCGUUUUACAUUACAGUAAUAGUAUUAGCAAACCCGGACAAAACAUAACAAUUUCAUUACCGCGUAGUAAACAUACAACAUCUGCCGGUACUAUAAUAUUAAAUUAUUCAUAACGUACUUUAUCUAAUCAGCUAACGUCAAUGUUACUCUAUGUUUUUGUGCUCUACUACCUGUUUGUAAUCAUAAGCAGGCAGUAAAGUAACAUAAACAGGUAGUAGAGUCAAUUUACUAUAACAGGCAUUAUAGUAACAUAAACAGGCAAGGCAGUAUAGUAACUUGAUUAGGUUAUAACUAACAGUGUAAGGCUAAUUUGAUCAUAUUAUGCCUGUUUGUUAACCUUCAGUGCUUUAUGUUACGGUUUAUAGUUCAGGUAUAGCCUAAGAUACAAUAGUAUAGAGUAUAUAGACAGUAUUAACAUUACAGUACUAAAAGUACAACUUUUUCUUCAAAAAUUUGCAAAAGAAGUACCAGUAGCAAUAUUUUCUGUAAAAACGUAAAAUUUAUCGAUAUUACAGUACUGCGGUUACCAUGGUAUCUCUACAGUACCAUUAGCACCAUUUCCUACAAAAAUAUGAACUUUAGUACCACCUAGUACCACUUUUUCUAACGUCUACUAACAGUACCAUUCCUUUCAGAAUGAAUUGUUUCCGGAACGAGCAGUUCAAGAAGUGUCUUCUGGUGUUCAGGCCGGCACGAUCGUUACAUCGCCGUGAUGUGCUCAGACAAAACUGGUAA